AUGAAGCUCAUGUCCUGCACGGACUCCAAAGUAGAGCAGAUGUUUCAGAUCUUACUGGACCCCAAAGAAACAGACACAGACAAAAAACAGAAGGCGGCGCAGAACCUCAUUGUGCUGGCCCGGGAAGAGGCCGGGGCGGAGAAGAUCUUCCAGAGCGACGGCGUGCGGCUGCUGCUGCGCAUGCUGGACACGGGCAGAGAGGACGCGAUGCUGGCAGCUCUGCGCACCCUGGCUGGCCUGUGCUCUGGGCACCGUUCGCGGACCAUGGCCAUCCUCGCGGAGCUGGAGGCGCCACGUGUCUCGGCCAUGCUGGGAGUGGAGCACGAGCAGGUGUCUCUGGCGGCCUGUAACCUGCUGCAGGUCAUGUUCGACGCGCUGAAGGAGGGGCUGCAGAGGGACUUCCGCGGCAAGGAGGAAGCCCUUGUGUUGGAUCCCUCGAAGGAGCUGAAGCUGCUGAUCGGGCACCUCUUGGAAAUGCUGACCCGGGAGGGGACCUCAGCCCACGGCCACGACAACACCCUCAACCUCCUCAUCAAAGUGGUGCCGCGGAAAUCUCCGCGGGAGCCCAACAACAGCCUGACCCUCUGGGUCAUCGACCAGGGCCUGAAGAAGAUCCUGGAGGUGGGGGGCACGGUGUGUGAGGCCCCCGGCAGCCUGCCUGCGACGGAGAACAGCCGGAUGAGCGCCGCCGUCCUGCUCAGCAAGCUGUACAGUGACCUGAAGUGCGACGCCGAGAGGGAGAACUUCCACCGGCUGUGCGAAGACUAUGUCAGGAGCUGGUUUGAGGGGCAUGGGUUGGCUGGGAAGCUCCGUGCCAUCCAGACGGUGUCGUGCCUGCUGCAGGGUCCCUCGGAGGCUGGGAACCAAGUGCUGGAGCUGGAGGGGAUCAUGGAGAGCGUGCUGGCUCUGUGUGCCUCCGUGCGGGAGGUCGACCAGCUGGUGGCCGUGGAGGCUCUGAUCCAUGCCGCUGACAAGGCCAAGCGGGCGUCUUUCAUCACAGCCAACGGGGUGACCCUGCUCAAGAACAUCUAUAAGUGCAGCGGGAGGGACAGCAUCCGCAUCCGGGCCUUGGUGGGGCUCUGCAAGCUGGGCUCUGCCGGAGGCACCGAUUUCAGCAUGAAGCAGUUCGCCGAGGGCUCCACCCUGAAACUGGCCAAGCAGUGCCGCAAGUGGCUGUGUAACGAGGCGAUUGACGCGAGCACGCGGCGCUGGGCGGUGGAGGGCCUGGCCUACCUCACCUUCGACGCAGAUGUCAAGGAGGAGUUUGUGGAGGACAAGGCAGCUGUGCAGGCCAUGUUCCAGCUGGCCAAGUCAGAGGACAGGAGUGUGCUGUUCGCAGUGGCCUCGACGCUGGUGAACUGCACCAACAGCUACGACCACGAGGAGCCAGACCCCCAGAUGCUGGAGCUGGCCAAGUACGCCAAGCAGCACGUCCCAGAGCAGCACCCCAAGGAUGAGCCAGGCUGCGUGAGGCGGCGGGUGCGCAAGCUGCUGGCUGCUGGCGUGGUGUCAGCUCUCACCUGCAUGGUGAAGAGUGAGAACCCGGCGCCGACCAACUCCUGCCGGGAGCUGAUCUCCAGGGUGUUCCUGGCCGUGGUGGAGGAAGCAGCGGACAGAGGCAGCGUGGUGGCCCAGGGAGGGGGAAAGGCGCUCAUCCCGCUGUCCCUGGAGGGUACCGAGGUGGGGCAGGCCAAGGCAGCGCAGGCACUGGCGAAGAUCACCAUCACCUCCAACCCCGAGAUGGCGUUCCCCGGAGAGCGGAUCUACGAGGUGGUCAGACCCCUGGUGAGUCUCCUGCACCUGCACCGCAUGGGCCUGGAGAACUUUGAGGGGCUGAUGGCGUUAACCAAUCUGGCCGGGAUCAGCGAGAGGCUGAGGCAGAAGAUCCUGAAGGAGAAAGCGGUGCCCAUGAUUGAGGGCUACAUGUUUGAGGAGCACGAGCUGCUCCGCCUGGCGGCCACCGAGUGUAUGUGCAACAUGGCCAUGAGCACAGAGGUGCAGGAGCUCUUCCUGGCCGAGGGCAGCGACCGGCUGAAGCUGCUGGUUCUGUACAGUGGGGAGGACGACGAGAAGCUGCGGCGAGCAGCCUCCGGCACCUUGGCCAUGCUGACCUCACUGCUGCCCCAGAUCUGUGGGAAGAUCACCCAAGUGACGGCUCACUGGCUGGAGAUCCUGCAGGCCCUGCUGCUCAGUCCCAAUGUGGAGCUGCAGCACCGUGGCGCUGUGAUCGUGCUGAACAUGAUGGCGGCAGACCGGGAGGUUGCAGCCAAGCUCAUGGAGAGUGAGAUGCUGGAGAUCCUGUCCGUACUCGCCAAGGAGGAGUGCGACAAGCCCCGUGUGGCCCAAGCUGCCAAGGACUGCCUGGCGCAGGCCGUGGCAUGUGGGCUGAUCAAACCCAAUGUGAACGGAGAGUGACUGGCCACCUUGGCUGGGCUCUCCGUUCUCUGUGCACACUGCUCUGGGCUUGUAACACCCCCAGCUGCGGCUAGGGAAAGACACGCUGCCUUUGGAGGCUGGAGCCCCUGGGAGAGACGGGAGUGUGGGCUGAACUUGCCUGUUGUAUCUUGUCUUAACCUAUGAGUGUAUGCUGGUGGGGCGGGGCCUAUCUGUGGGUGCUAGACCCGGGGUGCUCUGCAAUGCUCUCCUCUGCAUCCCUGCCCUCUCUCAUCUAGCCUGGAGCGGGCAGCCUCCCCUCACAGUCUCUGCUGGGAGCUCGCUGCCAGCAGCCACGUCCUGCUGCACCCUGUGCUUGUCUCUGCCUGCCUGAGCAACACGCUCAGCCGUGCGCUCCUAGGGCAGCUGGAUGCUGUGCUGGGGGACAGACCGUGCUUACUGCCCCUCCACACCUCUUCUUGUGCCUAACACGUCUGUCUCCUCCUCCAAGUGGUCUGACCCUCACAGCUCUGCUCUGGCCUGGGGGGGAGGGCAGGCUUCAGUCACAGCGGCUCUGUGGUGAUGGGCUGGCUCCUGUUUAGGGGUGAUGUGGGGCCUGGGCUAGAGGGGCAGUACCCUCAGGCGUUGGGUGGCUGAAUGCAGCAGCUGUCCAGGGGUGGAGAGGUGGCUGUGACUGGUCUGAGUGGCUGGAGCAACCUGUUCUCUCCUGCAUCGACCUGGAGCGAGGGUGCUGCUGGAUGCCUUGUAAAGGAGCCACUGCUGGCCCCCUUGCUGGGGCUGUCCCCUGUCUGUCUUCUGGGGCCUGCCCCCUCACGCUGGGAUGGACCCCUCCCGCUCACUGUAUUUACUGCUGCUCCUGUACUGCAUGGGAUGGUGAUAAAGG